AUGUAUCCAGAAGAUGAUAGAAUCAGACGCUCUGAAGAUGCAGAAGAUCCAUUUUUAGGCUCUCCUGAAACUUGUAAAGUAGAGGAACUGCUUGUUGCCAUAGUUAAUGAGGAGGGAAAGACUAGUGCACUGAAGUUAGGAUUCACUGUCAAACUUCUUAAGUGGUUGGAAGUGUUAAAUUCUGCAGGUUCUUUCUUUCCUGCAAUCAAGCCCCCGGACACAGUUUUUAAAAUAACAUUUUGGCUUGGAUAUUUAAACAGCUGCAUCAAUCCCAUCAUCUACCCGUGCUCAAGUCAAGAGUUUAAAAAAGCAUUCCAGAACAUCCUAAGAGUUCAGUGCCCCUUGAGGAAGCAAUCUACUAAGAAGCAAUCCUUUGGCUUUAACCUCAAUCAUCCAAGUAGCCCGGCCAUGGAAAGUGGCAAGGACGUGGUCCGUAUCCCUGUCGGCUCUGGGGAAACCUUCUAUAAGAUUUCCAAAUCCGAUGGGGUCUGCGAGUGGAAGAUGUUCUCCACCAUGCAAAGCAUGUCUGCAAAAAGUGCAAUUUCUAAGGACCAGUCAAGCUGCACAGUUGCCAAAGUAAAGAGCAAAGGGUUCUUAAGGGCAUGCUGCUGUACUGGCACAUCAGGGAAUACUGUCCGGGAGAACCGUAAAGUGCCCACCAUUAAAAUACACACCAUCUCCCUCAGUGAGAAUGGGGAGGAGGUCUAAAGAAGGGAUUGAGAGCUCUAGCAGGAAGGGUCAUGGAGGAAUCUUGAUGUGAUUUUUCAGCUCUGGCAACCUGGUAGCACUGCUGGUGGGAGGUUGCUUUUCUUAAUAGGAAUUCAGGGUAGGGGUUGCAGUAUGGCGAUCACAGAGG